UUCUUGGGAGAACUGUUUGAUUUGGAAAUCCAUGUUGGCUAUCCAGAAUAUGAAAUUUGGCAUCUUUCUUUUGUGGUGGGGAUGGGUUUUGGCCACUGAGAGCACAGUACAUUGGCCAAGAAGAGAGAUACAGGAGACAUCUAAGAAAGGCAGCCAUAUUCUGAAACGAAGCCCUGACAUCACCAAGUCACCUCUCACCAAGUCAGAACAGUUGUUGAGAAUAGAUGACCACGAUUUCAGCAUGAGGCCUGGCUUUGGAGGCCCAGCCAUUCCUGUUGGUGUGGAUGUACAAGUGGAGAGCUUGGAUAGCAUCUCAGAAGUUGAUAUGGACUUUACAAUGACACUCUAUUUGAGGCAUUACUGGAAGGAUGAGAGGCUGUCUUUUCCAAGUACCAACAACCUCAGCAUGACAUUUGAUGGUCGGCUUGUGAAGAAGAUCUGGGUGCCCGACAUGUUUUUUGUGCACUCUAAGCGCUCCUUCAUACAUGACACCACUACAGACAACGUCAUGCUGCGGGUGCAGCCUGAUGGGAAAGUGCUAUACAGCCUCAGGGUUACAGUGACAGCAAUGUGCAACAUGGACUUUAGUCGAUUUCCCCUCGACACACAAACAUGCUCACUGGAAAUUGAAAGUUAUGCUUAUACAGAAGAUGACCUCAUGCUGUACUGGAAAAAAGGCAAUGACUCCUUAAAGACAGAUGAGCGGAUCUCGCUCUCCCAGUUCCUCAUUCAAGAAUUUCACACCACCACAAAACUAGCCUUCUAUAGCAGCACAGGCUGGUACAACCGUCUAUACAUUAAUUUCACUUUGCGUCGUCAUAUCUUCUUCUUCUUGCUCCAAACCUAUUUCCCUGCCACCCUGAUGGUCAUGCUAUCCUGGGUGUCCUUCUGGAUUGACCGGAGGGCUGUGCCAGCCAGAGUCCCAUUAGGCAUCACAACAGUGCUCACCAUGUCCACCAUCAUCACAGGUGUAAAUGCCUCCAUGCCCCGCGUGUCUUACAUCAAGGCUGUGGACAUCUACCUGUGGGUCAGCUUUGUGUUUGUGUUCCUUUCUGUGCUGGAGUACGCGGCUGUCAACUACCUGACCACUGUGCAGGAACGGAAGGAAAGGAAACUGAGAGAGAAGCUUCCCUGUACCUGCGGAUUGCCCCAACCCCGCACUAUGACGCUGGAAGGCAGCUACAGUGAUGGUGAGGUGAAUGACCUGGGCAACUACAUGGCUGAGAAUGGAGAGAAGACUGACAGGAUGAUGGUGCAACUGACCGUGGCUUCAGAGAGGUGCUCCCCUCAGAGAAAAAGCCAGAGAAGCAGCUAUGUGAGCAUGAGGAUCAAUACCCACUCCAUUGACAAAUACUCCAGGAUCAUUUUUCCAGCAGCAUACAUUUUAUUCAACUUAAUAUACUGGUCUAUUUUCUCAUAAAUGCCUGUAAUUCUGGACAUCUCACCUUUUUAUGGCAUGCAUGAC